GUCAAAUUUCGGUAAUGCUGGAUAGCUCAUACGUUGCACUACUUCGCCAACAACCCCAUGAACGAGGCACGAUCAUGAUGAGAUCGAUCAGGGCAGUUCACUUUCUUUCCUUUUUUGACCUGCAUGACUAAUCCUUAAAUUCUGCAUCUGCUCCCGCUGCAGCAGUGCAAGAUCUCGCAUGUAGACUCGUCCAUACACAAUGCCCACAACACCCAUCGAAGUUCUGCGCGCAUCAGUCGAGGCUCAUAAUGAUACAUUUGAAGCUCUAUUAAACUUGAUACCCGCCAAAUAUUACCUGGCGAAAGAUGAUCAUGAUGCAGACGAUGCCUUCCCGUCCAAGUACCAAAAACACAGCAAAAACCAGAAGGCACCCAAACAAGCUGCAAAGGAGGCAUCAAAAAACGCUCGUAGGGAUAAGCUGGACCCAGCCAAUCAAAAGUCAGUGAUCGACUUACAAAAUGAAGCUGCUCUGGAGCUGGAAAGAACCAACUCGAAAGUCAAGCGAAAACGGGAAGCUGCAGCACUGGAGUCAGAUUCUGAUGAUGCCGACGACGACGACGACGUUAUGCAAGUCGAUGAUAUGGACCUUCCCGAUACUGUUGCAACUACUGUACCCGACUCCGGACCCAUAGUGCCCAUGGCUAAACCAGAGAGUAUCGCUGCUCUUCGAGAUAAACUCCAUUUGCGCAUGGCAGCUCUACGACGUGGUGGGCAGGGUGGUGGAGAACCAGGAGAUAAAGAUGAGCUUUUGGAGGAACGGCGAAGACAACGCGCUGCGCUUCGUGAAAAACGACGAAAAGAGACGAGGGAGAGGCGCAAGGCAGAAGCUGAAGGUAAAAAAGGGAGCAAGAAGGAUUCGGCAACGAAGGGUCUUCCUAUCAAGAAUCAGCUGCUUGUUCCAGAGUUACCGGCCACUUCAAAAGGCCCUUCUGCAUCUCGUCAUACAGACGGACCAUUGGUCAAUGUGUCAUUUUCUGCGGUGGCUGGGAGUUCGAGCAAAAAAGCCGCAUCACUCAAGACGUCUUCCAAUCCUACUCAAGCUUUGUCACAGCUCGCUGCGCGGAAGGAAAAAUUGGAUUCGAUGCCGGAGGAUAAACGCAAAGUUAUAGAAGAUAAGAGUCGUUGGGCAAAAGCAGAGGCACGUCUCGAAGGUGUCAAGGUCAAGGAUGAUGAAGGGCGCCUCAAGAAAGCAGUCAAACGUAAAGAAAAGGAGAAGGCGAAGAGCAAGAAGUCCUGGGAUGAGAGGAAAGAACAUGUCACGGCUUCCAUGGCUGCCAAGCAGAAGAAACGUUCAGAUAACAUUGCAAUGCGAAACGAGCGGCGGAACGAUAAAAGAAAGUCUUCUUCGUCAAAGGGGAAAACUAAAGCUCGACCUGGAUUUGAGGGCAAAUCUUUCCACAAGGGUAAAGGGAAAACUACGGGAAAACAUAAGUAGCGUAGGUACUGUAGCCUUGAUGUGUGUGGCCAGGGAUAACUUUGUUCAUCUCAUCUCAAGUGGAUCAUACAGCUGGUGCUCCU